AUGCAUUGGUCAAUCGCUGUAUUGAGCUACGUGCUCGGGUCUGCACUGGCUCAGAACCCAGGCUCUGGCUACAACUCGACGGCACCGACAGGGCCCGCUGUCCUCACUGCGGACAUGGUCUCGAGCAUGGGCAACAACACCCUGUUCGAUAGGUGGCGGCCUACCUACCAUUUCAUCUCGCCUGCUGGCUGGAUGAACGACCCUUGUGCUAUGAUGUAUGAUCCCACCACAGACACAUACCAUCUCCAAUAUCAGUUCCAUCCCAACCACGUCAACUGGGGCAACAUUUCUUGGGGACACGCCACAUCCAAAGACCUCGUCACAUGGACUGAUGUUGGAGGUUGGGAGAACGACCAGGCACAGUCCGUAGGUACAGGUCCCGAUCCUGACUCCAGGAACUCGUCCUACUACGGUCUUGGUAUCUUCAGCGGUUCUGCUCAGCCGUACAACCUUACUGGCGGACAGGAUGGUACGCUUAUUGCCUUCUACACGGCAGUCCAGCAUCUGCCCACCAACUGGGCUCUUCCUUAUAUCAACGGAACGGAGAAGCAAGCCAUUGUCAUCUCCAACGACGGUGGUGAGACAUGGGAGCAGUAUGAGGGUAACCCAAUCAUCUCGGAGCACCCCGAGGGAUGGAACGUCACUGGUUGGCGUGAUCCUUUCGUUGAGCCCUGGCCCGAGAUGGAUGCCAUUCUCGGUCAGGACGAGCCACACUGGUACAUGGUGUUGGGCUCCGGUAUCAAGGGCGAGGGUGGUGGUGGACGUAUCCCUUUCUACUCCGCUCCUCAGUCCAACCUGACGGACUGGACCUUCCUCGGCGCUCUUUGGGAGCCUAAGAGUAACGAGACCCUGGGAUCGCUGCUCGAGACCGGUACCUACGGCUUCAACUUUGAGGUCUCCAACUUCUUCUCCUUGACGGACGAGGAUGACGACGUUCACUACUACGUCCUUAUGGGUACCGAGGGCGGCAAUCUUACUUGGCACCCACGCGCGCAGUGGGGUCUCUGGAACGAGGGCCAAGUAACCAGGCGCGAGAACGGAUCUGCCGAAUUCACUCCUGUUUCUGGUGGUGUCAUCGACUCUGGUCUCCUCUACGCUGUUACCAGCUUCAACGACACCAAGAACAACCGCCGGGUCCAGUGGGGAUGGGCAGCUGAAGAGAACAACGGCUUCGGUAUCCUGCAGAGCGGGUACCAGGGCGCUAUGGCUCUUCCUCGCGAGAUGUACGUCAUCAAGACUCACGAUCUGGUCAACGCCGAUGGCGGCUUAACAACCAAGGGUAACACCCGCGUUGUUGAGCACCGUAACGGUACCUUCACAGGUUACACUCUCGGUGCCCGCGCUCUCCCCGAUGUGGUUGAGGCUCUUCGCGGAGAGGAGAAUGCUAUCAAGGCCGUCAAAAACUGGUCCAGCAGUUUGCUCGUCGGUUCUGGCAGUGCCCACAUGGAGCUUGCUGUUACUCUCAGCAACUUCACUGGCCCUGCCGGUGUUACUAUCGCGGCAAGCUCUGGUUUGGAGGAGUACACCCACAUCUACUACGACCCCUCCAACUACACCAUCAACGUCGACCGCUCGCACUCGUCAACCAUUGAUGAGUAUGCCAACUACACCAUGAUCGGCUACUUCUAUCCCUACACCUUCUCCAACGGUACCACCGAGUCGCUCCACAUGGACAUCUUUGUCGAUGGUUCGCUCGUCGAGGUCUACGUGAAUGACCGCUUCUGGCUCACAACUCGCAUUUACCCUGCACGCCUCGACAGUACCAACUUUGGUAUCUACGUCGGCAGCAACUCAACCGUCCAGGUCUCUGACCUGAAGACCUGGGAGAUCUCGCAAAACGCGUUCCCAGACCGCCCUGCCAACUCCAGCUCUGAGCUUGUCUUCGAUACGCCAGAGGAGACCAACGACUACAUCUGGUGGACCGGAAACUAG